AUGGCCGACCAAGACUCUGCGCCAGCUGUUGACGAGGUCGACAUUGAUGCAUCCAGCGAAACGCACUCCAAGAAUGCGGUUGGAAAUGACUCGGGCACACAGGACAGUAAUAAAGACAACACUGAAGAGAAGGAGGCUGUUGAAACGGAAGUCACGAAACAAGACUUGCGUCUCAAAUCCAUCGGAUGCUCUACUAUGACAAGGGAAGAUGAAAGUGAUGAAAGUGAAGACGGGUCGAGCUCUGAGUCGGAGGACGACUACUAUCGCGACAGGAAUAUGACAAAGGCGAGUUACCUAAAUACUACGAGCUUGUAUGAAGUUUACUCCAAAAAGCUCCAGGAGGACAAGCCUGGUCCAGAGCAUCGCAAGAAGAAAGCACCAAAGCUUGUGAAAAGCCUUAUCGACUAUCUCCAGGCUUUAGAAUCUCGGGUUGAAAAGUUGGAGGCGAAUGAGCCGCCGGAAUCCACAAGCCCAAACCCAAGCUCACCAACUGAGGAGACUGCCCCCGACUAUUAUGAGGAUGCCGAGACGACCAUCCAGCCAAAAUCGAGCAUCGAGCCGAAAUCGAGCAUCGAGCCGAAAUCGAACCAACCAAGUGUUGAACCUCGAUUCUACCGACAUGACCUUGAAAUGUCACGAGCUCUUUACGAAUCCAAUUCGGGACCUCAGUCACUCCUCAAGAUCGCGUACGUACCGCUGCCAGGGAAGGAGAAUGUGGGUUGCGGUCCAAAAGGCGAGCUUGAGCUAAGCCCAGACGCGGUCCGAAUCAAUUUGGUCACGCUGCGAUCGGAAUACAUUGCCCGAUUCAUACAGGCGAAGACCAACCUUGCCUUUCCUGAUUCCGAGGCGAUGGAGAUGUCACGUCCCUUCAAGCUGUUGAUCCGCCAUGCCGACAGCUUCAAGGAGCAGCUCCAAGCACUAGAGGCGAAACAGACAGUGAUUGCACAGACUGGAGCCGAAAGAAGUUCGAGUGUGACAAGCGCGGGUGAUUUCACUGAACCCAAGCCUGAAGAAUCCGAAGACACAUCUGGUACCGAUACUCCAGCAGCUCCUGAAGUUGAAUCCGUCGAGAACGGAUCAGCUUCGAACAAAGGCGCCGAGGAGAUCUUCCACAAGCCAGAGGCCUAUGCACACUUCAAGAUCCUGGUGGAUUUCAUCGAUUCGUACCUUGCAAGUCAACUUGAUAAAUUUGCAGCGUUUCGCAAAGGAGAGCGGUCACAAGUGUCUUUUGAAGACCUGUGGAUGCUCUUUGACUUCGGGGACACAAUCUGUUGCCAAUCUCGCAAGAGUGGCAUGAUCAAGGCUAACGAGGUCGACGAAGAAGAGGAGGCCCAUAUCAUCAACGCUCGGGACACACCGCAAGCUUACCGAGUUGUUGCAACGCUUGGUGGGGCUUCUCUGGAUGUCCGCCCGAAACUGGUGACCCAGGAACAGGCGGAAGGUGCUCCUCCGAUCCUAUCAACCCGAGCCAAAGACUUGUAUAAUCCGCUGCUCAUUGAGUGCUACUACCUGGACUGGGAUGGAGUUCGGUUCGACUGUGUCGCAGAGAAGUUCUGCAUCAAACCGUACGAGGAUGAAGUCGACGUGACAUCCCUGGAAGCCUUUCCUAUUGGCUUCGAUAAACAUCUCACGGCCGACUUCUUCACCAGUCGAGGCAUCAAGUUCCUCGAACACUCGUCCCUCUUUCAUCACAAGCAGUACGAGUCACUCACAGUUGGAGAAAAUCCAGAGGAGAUAAACAGCCCAGUAAUCAUUGACUUCGUGCUUGCGUUUCAAGAUGGAAGGAGGCCUCGCCCAACAUUCGGUAGCCCCUCUAAUAUCAAGCGGCACAAAGAACAUCAAGAAGAGAUCCGACGACCCGAAAGUAUUAUCGACCCCGCUAUUUGCAGCAGACCUGGAUGUGAAAUAUGUGCUAAACACAAUGACUUCUACUUGAGUUACCAGCGGGACCAACUUCGUCAAGUUGUGUCGCGACUGAAGGACACAAUUGAGCUCUAUCAGCAGAAUGAAUUGCCAGCCAACACGAAAAAGACAGUUCAGGAUCUCAUGAGCCAGAAUGAUCAUUUGGUACUCCUUCCUGGUGUCGUCUAUGGCUUUGCUCUUCGAAAUCGCCGAUGGGUUGACCUUGAUUUGACGAAAGUCGAGGAUUUUCAGGCAAACUCGGGAUUCGAUGAUCUAGUGUUACCCAAGGGCCACCAGAAGAUGGUCCUUGCUAUGGUACAUAUGCACGCAUCUGGGAGUCGGACGGCGAUUCAGGAGGCCAAACGGCACCAUGAACAAGAUCUGGUCAAAGGGAAAGGCAAAGGCAUGAUCAUCUUGCUCCAUGGGGAGCCCGGAGUUGGGAAAACGUCAACGGCGGGCGAUAUUGGGCAUAAUGCCACCGACGUUGAGAAGAACCUGGACUCACAUUUCAACUUGGCCCAUAAAUGGGGUUGCGUGCUCCUCCUCGACGAGGCAGAUGUGUUCUUGGAAAAGAGGAGCAAAUCUGACCUUGAACGUAAUGGUGUGGUUUCAGUGUUCCUUCGAAUCCUGGAGUACUAUCCCGGGAUCUUAUUCUUGACAACCAACCGCGUCGGAGCAUUCGAUCCUGGCUUCCGCUCCCGUAUCCAUCUAAGCUUGUUCUAUCCAAAGUUGGACAAGAACAAGACAAUGAAGAUUUGGAGGACCAAUCUGAAACGCACCGCAGAGAACAAUGAGAAGCGCCAGAAGCAUGGCCUUAAGAAGAUAAAGUUCGACGAAGACGAGAUCCUGGAAUUUGCAAGUGAAAACUGGGAGACCCUAUCUUGGAACGGGAGGCAGAUCAGGAACGCAUUUCAGACAUCGCUUGCCCUGGCCGAGUUUGACGUCGAAAAGAGUACUAAGAAGGACGCCAAGGGAAGGAAGUCCCCCAUCAUGUCAAGCAAGCAUUUUGACAUUGUCGCGCAAGCUUCCCUCCAAUUUGACAAGUACCUAUUCGAGACGCUCAAGGGUAAGGAGGCGGAUUUAGCGCAGACCGACAAGGUUCGGGUCUCGGAGUUCAAGAGCCCAACAGUCAAAUUGAAACUCCCAGGGGCCGUCGAAUAUGAGGAAGAGUCUUCCGAGUCUGAAACAGACGCAGAAACAGAAGGAUGA